AUGGCGGCGGUCCGGUGGUUGGGGCGUAUGACAUGGGCCGGUCUUGGAGCGGGCGUGGUCUACCAUCUGACGGCACAGCCCGCACAGGCUGCAAGCCUGCCUCCCUCAGGCGGCGUGGAGUCGGCAUCCUCGAUCAUGCGCUUCGGUUACCCAGAAAGCCGCCCGUUGAAGCUGCGCGAUGGACACGUCGUGCAUUAUGAUAACCGACUACGCGUCCCCGUGUGGGUUUGCGAGCAUGUGAAUCGGGACACCAUCUCCGUCCCAAAGGGCGAGGCCAAGGUCAACCGAGCCGACUGUGUAUUUACGGAAGACCAGACCAUUCAUCCCUACUUUCGCAGCACGGACGUGGACUACAAGCGCAGCGGCUACGAUCGAGGCCACUUGGCAGCGGCGGCCAACCACCGCCAGCACCUGGAAGCCAUGAAGUCCACCUUCUUUUACAGUAACAUUGCCCCGCAGGUCGGCAAGGGGAUGAAUCGUGGCGCAUGGAACAACCUUGAGAUCUAUACACGGCGCCUGGCUCGAGACAACGAGGUCUACGUCAUCUCUGGCUCGCUCUUCGUGCCACAGAACGGGCAGGUGACCUACAAGGUCAUUGGACCCAACAAUGUGGCCGUCCCGACCCAUUUUUUUAAAGUGCUCCUCAUUGCUGCCCGCAACGACGAGGAGCGUACGGCUCGCCUCCAGUGCUUUAUCAUGCCCAACCAAGAGAUCCCCACGGGCCAGAAUCUUGCACAGUUCCUCGUGCCUCUUGAGCAAGUCGAGAAGCUUAGCGGUUUUACCUUCUUUGACAAACUGCCCAACAAAUACGGUCGCGUGCAGCGCACGGCCAAGGGCCAACUCGCGGGUGACUUUGCAAAGGAGGACACCUCCUAAGGAUUAACUCGGCCCGUUGGUCGACUAGCAUAACCGCCCCAUGCUCCAAUGUGCCCGUGUGGCGUACGCGACGGUGUCUCUGGUAUGGAAACCUGAUUUGUAUUUAAAUCCCAGUCCAGUCAGAGAGUUGAUUCGUGCCAAGUGCGCCAACGAGCGCGAGGCAAUUGAAACUCAUAAUAUG